GCCUGCCGAUCGGAUGGAACCGUGGGCCCACGCACCUGUUCAGGAACUCGUCCCAGGGCCCGCUGCACCGCGAGGAGAUCUUGCGGCUCCAGUCGGAGGGCGCUGAGCUGGCCUUGCAGGAGAGGCGCGGCUUGGGCCUUGCCGCUUCGCCGCCGCUGCCGCCGCCCGCGGGCGCGCCUCCGCCGCUGGCGCUGGAGGGCGCGCCGAGCUCGGGCGAAGGAGGGCGGCGGUACUCGGAGAACCGCGGUGGUGCUCGGCUGGGCGAACGCGUCGGCGACGCGGAGCUGGAGGCAGGCUGCCAUCGAGGAGAUCGCGGAGUGGCUCUGAUGGGCGACGUCUUCGUGGCCUGCUCCUUCUUCAGGCCGGGCCAGCAGAUGCCCGCGCCUAGGGAAGUGGAGGCGGCGGAGCCUGCGUCCAACGAGCUGCGCACCCUCCCGGUGAAGUACGAGACGGCCAGCCAGCGGCAUCGCUCCUACAAGGAGGCCGCAUCGCUGACCACGACGACGGCGUUCGAGGACUGGCCGAUCAGCGGCCCGAGGACGGCGGAGUGGCUGGCGCGGGAGAUCGCUCGGCAGGAGCUGACGCCCGUGCGCCGCCACUUCUGGUGGAGACAGCUGCUGGGCUUGGGCCCCAGCGACUGGGGCGUCGGGGAGCACGAGUCCUUGAGCCGGCUUUUCGAAUACGCUCUGACGUACGAACAGCUGAACUUCGGCGAGCUGGCGUCGCUGGAGCUUGCAGGCAGGCGCUACCAGCUGCUCGAGGAGAGGCACGCCCGCAUGCUGAUCGCGGCGACGGCGGGUGGCGACAGCGGCCAUCUCGACAACGACAGGCUGUUCAUGGGCGAGGAGGGCCGCCAUGGCCGCGCGCUCGUGGCGCCUGCGCUAGAGUCCUGGAUCUCCCAGAAGCUGUCCGAGGAGAGCGCGGUGCUCAUGGAGCGCCGCAAGGCGAAGGAGGAGCGGCAGCUGGCCCGCUCGGCCGAUGUUGCUCCAGGUGCUGGCAGCGGCAAGAACGACGAGAAGCCCCCCAGGCGCCCGAAGAAGAAUGGUGGCGGGCCCGGGGGUGGCGCCGCUGGAGCUGCCACGGGCGGCGGAGGUGAAGGCCUAGACUGGGCUCGGGACUUGCUGCCGCUGCCAUCUGGGCGCUGCCUGGCUGAUCUCCUCGAGGGACUCUCGCCAGCUGGCCUGGGUGUGUCGCGCUGUGCGGAUCGGCGGCGCUCGCGCCGACGGGCUGCUGAGGCGCGGCUGCAGGGCGGCAUCUCGACGCUCGACGUGCUGGGCGGCCGCGGCGAGGAGUGGGGCCCCAAAGUGCUGCCAGGUGCUAUCCAGCGCCAGGCUGCGGCCAGCUUGGCCCGGGCCUACUUUGCCGUGCCGCCGCCGCCCGACGACCUCACCGCCUCGGGAGCGUGGUCUGCGCUUCGGGGCUGCGGUUCCGGCUGCGCCGUUGCAGGUGUUGUCGCCGGAGAGUUCGCGACCUACCAGCGCGGCAGGCUUGCCCCGCCAGCGGUCGGUAACCAGGCGAUCGACCUCGUCAGUUGCCUGCCCGACCACUACCAGAAGUUGCUGGUGGCGGACGAGUUGGGCCCUGCGAUGGAUCCCAUCCUGGCGAGGUCGCCCAGCAAGUACGCCGAGUUUUUGGUGUCAGCAUACGAAUCGGGUGUCGUCGAGCCGGCGACUGAGGUUCGCAGUUUUGUGGGAGUCUUCUUUGUGCGUAAGAAGGACGGCUCGUUGCGGAUCAUCUUCGAUCCUCGACAGACGAAUUUACAGUUUGUACCUCCAGAUGGUGUCGCUCUGGCUUCUCCUGAGGCCCUGGGUGAUCUUGAGUUACCUGCAGGCCAGCGGUUGUGGGUCAGUGAGGGCGAUGUCGAGAACUGCUACUACCAGUUCCUGCUGCCUGACGACCUGAGGGCCGACUUCGCGUUACCUGCGGUGCCUCGGAAGCUGCCGCCGCGAAGCCUGCGCCGCCUGUUCCCGCCCGGGGACGACUUCGUUCACUUCCAGGUGCGCGCGGCGCCGAUGGGCCGGAGCUGGGCCGUGGCGCUGGUGCAGGCGGCGAACGCGGAGCUGCUGCGCGCCGGUCCGCAAGGGGCCCGCCGCUGGAUCUGCAAUCGCCGCUGCGCGCCUGCUGUCGCUGGGCGUGAGCCCGCUGCUCUCCUGCGCAUCGACAACUUCGCCUCGCUGGGAACCGUAAAGGAGACAGUCCAGCUCGACGGCGACUCGAUGGAGAGGCAGCUGAGGGGACGCGGUCUGACUACUCACGACAUCUCGGGGCCGCAAGUUCACGUGGACCUGCUCGGGUUCCACGUCGACGGGGUGAAGGGGGCGAUCCACAUCGCGCCCAAGCGGUUCUGGAGGCUAGUCAUGAGUCUGGACUACAUCCUGAAGCCCCCCCUCCUGACGGGAGCCGAGCUAGAGCGGCUGAUCGGGCACUUGACGUACGUGCUGCUGCUACGGCGCGAGGUGCUCAGCUUUCUCAGUGCAUCCUACGUCUAUGUCAGCAAGUGCCACGCUCGUCGCGUGCGGCUCAGGCCUUCGGUGCGCCGAGAGCUGACCUGGAUGCGAGCGCUGCCGCCGCUUGUGUGGGCGGAUCUGCGCGGCGCCUGGGCCCCCAGCGUGAUGGCCGUGGACGCCUCGUUGACUGGCUUGGGCGCGGUGGAGCGCUCCGCGGACCCCCGCGAGGUCGGGCGCGUCGGCCGAGUCAGAGAGCGCUGGAGGUUCAAGGAGCACGAGCUGGUGGCCGAAGGCUCGCGUGCACGCGCCUUGCGUGAAGGCGCCGUUGGCGACUCCCCGUUCCCCGACGUGCCGUCGGACUUCUGCAAGGCCGCCUCGCGGAAGACCGUGGCCUCGAGGCGGUGGCGCCAUCGUGCCCCCAUCCACCUCCUGGAGGGCGAGGCGCUGCUGUGGGCCAUGCGGCGGCAGGUGCGGCGAGUGGCGCAUCAUGGGUGCAGGUCGACAGCCUUGCCGUGGCACCGCCUCCUGGGCUCGAGCGUGUCAGGACUGGAGCUGGAGGCGGUGAGGCCCUCUACCCAGCAGAACUACUUGAAGUGCCUCAGUGGCCUUUGCAACUGGCUCGGAGUGGAGACGCUGCCCAGCUGGAGCGCGCUGGAGUGGGACGACGCACUGCUGCAGCACCUGAACGACGAGUUCGCGCAGGGAGCGCGGCCGAACAGGGCUGCGAAGCUGUUGUCGGCGGUGCUCUGGGCGCGACCGGCGCUGGGGCGGCCCCUGCGGGUGGCGCUGCCGAGGAGCAGCCGGGCGCUGCUGGGCUGGAAGCGCAAGCGGCCUGGCCACUCUCGGCCGCCGCUCCCUUGGCUGGUGCUCUGCGGCGUGCUGGAGAUCCUGCUGCUGAAGCGGGAGGUGGCGAUGGCGUGCGCUCUCUGCCUCAUGUUCCACUGCUACCUUCGGCCCGGAGAGCUCCCGGCGAUGAAGGCGUUUCAGCUGGUGCCGCCGGCUGCAGGGCUGCAGGGCGGGUUUCGCUGGUGGACGCUGUUGCUUCACCCAGAGGAGCUGCUGGUGCCCAGCAAGGCUGGCGAGCUGGACGACUCGCCGCCGCUGGACGCGCCCGUGCUCCAGUGGCUUACGCCCGCGCUCAGGGAUCUGAAGGCGCGGUCGGAGCCUCGCGAGCCGCUGUGGAGAUUCGGCUACGCGCAGCUGCGCGAGGAGCUCGAGGCCGCGCUGGCGGCGCUGGGACUUCAAAGCCUCGGUGCCACGCCGUAUUGCAUACGGCACGGAGGAGCAAGCCACGAUCGAAUCGUGGGAAGGAGGUCGCUCGAGGAGGUGGCCAAGAGAGGCAGGUGGCGAGCUCGCCUGUCCGUGCGGAGGUACGAGAAGCACGGCCGCCUGGCGCUGCAAGUGGCGAAGGUGCCGCCCGUGGUGCAGGAGCGGCUGCGACUCAGCACGCAGAGGCUGCCGCAGCUGUUCGCCAAUUGCUCAACGCGACGCGCCACAGAGUGCGCCUGGGGCGAGAGAGGGUCGCCGUCGAGGUCUUCGCUGGGCCAGGCCGCCUCGCCUCGGCGCUUCGUGCCAGAG